AUGGCUGAGGGAAAUAAGCCAUCUGUACCCAAGAAAAAGCAUCCAACGGAUCGAGGUCCACAGUUCUCGUUCAACAUAGAAGUUCCUCGAACUCAGGAGAGCAGACUUCUCGGCAUCAAAGACCGCAUAAAGAUGGCCAAAGGCUCGUUGAAUCUUACAAAAGCGACGACAAGCACACAGAAUGCAGAUUUGAUGGAAGCUCUUCUAUUGAUUCAUGGAGUAUUGUCCUGUGGCUUGACAGAGACAGAAUACACAAGUUUCUGUCAAGCAGCCAACAUCGGGUCAGAGGGAGAAAAGACCUCCAACACAGUCUUGAAAAAGCUCAGUUACUUGACAGUCGUGAAGAGGGUCUCCAAUGAGUCGAUGUUGGCUGCUCAAGAACAAGUGAAGAGUAACCCUGCAUAUGCUGUGAAUGGAGAGUGUGUUAUAACAGAUGCAAGGCAUGAUUCCAGUCAAUCAGCAGCACACACAACAGUGUCAGCCCUUUCUUUCUUGACCAAAAAGGUGUUAGCAGUUGUCAACUGGAGUAGGGCCAAUGAAACUUCAGCAGUAAGCUGUGAGGUCCCUAUGACAAAAGAGCUGCUGACUUAUCUCUCUGAGACACAAGGGUUCCAUGUUGCAGAGGUGGCAUAUGACUUUGUAUUACAGCUAAAAACAUGGAUCUUGUCAAAAGGAAUGCUUAAUUCCUUUGACUCUUGGCAUGGUGCAAAGUCUGUGACUAAAGCAAUGAAGGAAGUUGCCUCAGGGGCCCAGAGGGAUGAGGGCUCAAAGUGGUUUUUUGAAUAUUAUCUGCAGAUGUCAAAUUCCUUCUUGAUAUAA